AGCUGCUUUCACUUCAUCAGAUCUCAUUCAACAAACACGUGGGCCUGGGGCUCUCUAUCGAAGUCACAAUCUGCAAAUACACAUUUUCGUGUCGUCCCGUCUCAUCUGUCAUCUAUUAAUUGAUGCGAACACUCUUGAAUGGUAAGAGCAGCUCGCCAGGAUGGCAUCCGCUCCAGCCGGGACGGGUCACUUAGAACGGACUGCGGCAGAGCCACGAGACAAGUCCCUCAACACCGUGAUAGUCAAGCAGAUUGACGAGAUCAACGAGUCAAUACGCCUUUUUCGCCUCGAGGUCCCCAAGGACGUGCCCGUCAUCCGCUUCCUCCCCGGCCAAUGGCUCGACCUCUUCCCCCCCUCCAUUUCCAAACCUGGCGGCUUCACCCUAACCUCGACCCCCGCGCAAGCAGCCUCCUUCGUCGCCGACUCGCCACCAGGCUACCUGGAACUCGCGGUCCGGAAAUCCCCCGACAACCCGGCCGCCGCCUGGCUAUGGCAGGAUCCUUCGUCGUCCAUCCUCAGCAGCGAGAUCCGGGUCCGCGUUGGAGGCAGUUUCGUCUGGCCGCCCCCGGCAAUCAACGUGCGAUCGCUGCGCAAGGUGAUUUUUGUGGCGGGAGGGCUUGGGGUCAACCCGUUAGUUAGCAUGUUGGGAGCUAUUGCCGAGAAGGGGGAUGCGCACACGCAUUUGGAGGUCAAGUUUUUGUAUUCGAUGAAAGAUCCUGGCGGGGAAAGGGAGACGGAUAAAAUGUUGUUUCUAGAUCGAAUCGCCAACAUCUUUGCAAGCGAGAAGGUGAAAGGGGAAUUGAAGCUUUUCCUGACGGGUGGAGAGGAGGAAAAGGGUGUGGUGAGUUGUAAUGAGGUCGAUGUGCCUUUUUGGGGGCGGAGGAUGAACGAAGGGGAUGUGGAAGCUGCGGUUGGGGAGGCGGACAAGAGGUUCUCGGUUGUGUAUGUCUGUGGGGUGCCGGACAUGACGGAUGGAUUUGUGACGCGGCUUACUGCGACGGAGAAGGGCAUGGGCAUGGGGAUGGAAACCCGUCGGGUCUUGUGUGAAAAGUGGUGGUAGACCGGGAUACUCUGAGAUGAGGUCACAGGAGGGAAGCACAUUCACAAACCUAUGGUGGCAGAUACUCGGCCAUCAACAGAGCCUCCGAGCAUCUAUUCAUGUUGCGACGCAACCAACUAUACGCUCUGGAUCUUCAGUUUGUAGUACAUUAUGAAAGGCUAGUUGAUGAUGUAGUUCGUGAUUGCUCGCC